AUGGCGCCAACAUUGUCCACUCUGCGCAGCAAGCUCGGCUUCGCUGGCAAGGCUGGCGUCUGGAAGUUUCUCGCUCUCAUCUUCGCCCUUCUGAAUCUCAAGAGCUUACCCUUUGUCUGGCACAUCCGGCUCCUAAAAGGCCUCUUCGCCCAGCGCCGCACAUCCCGCCUCCGCCUGACCACCACUCCCGGCCCCUCUACGCUCUUCCAACCCCUCAUAACCUCCUCCCGCUCCGGGUUCCUCGAAUGCGACUACAACCUGCAUAAAUCCAACUCGACCUACUUCUCCGACUUUGACGUCGGGCGACUCGAGCUCUUAGUAUCCCUCUGCUCACAUGGUUUAGACAAGACGAGGAAGGAGCUUGCACUGGAAGAGAAAGAGGGAAGAGGUGAUGGAGCAAUGGGAAAGGGGAGAUUUGACAUCAGAUUAGGUGGUGUGAGCUGUCAAUUUAGAAAGGAGAUCAAGCCGUAUGAGAAGUUCGAGGUGUGGACUCGGGUGCUUUGUUGGGAUCGAAAGUGGUUUUAUGUAAUCUCGCAUUUCGUUAAGCCCGGGGUUUUCAGGCCGAAGAGUUAUAUGCUGCAGCCUUGGCGGGACGGAAGACGGCAGAAAGAUCACGACGCAGAAAGUGAUGGAGUUGUUGCCAAUGGAAACACAACACCGUCACCACAUCCCGCCAUCUUCGCCACCGGCAUCGCCAAAUACGUCCUAAAAAAAGGCCGCCUGACCAUCCCCCCCGAACGCGUAUUCAGAGCCUCCGAGCUCCUGCCUCCAAAACCCGCAGACUACGAAAUUCUUCCAGCCACUUCAACGCCGACUCCAGAGUCGACGUCGAACACUGCUGCGGCUGUAUCGAUUGUCGAUCACAUAACGCCUGGAAACGCGGAGGAUGUGGUAGUUGCGAGCUUGAAGGCUGGUGUUGGAAAUGAGGAUGGGGAGUGGACGUGGGAGAAGGUGGAAGAGGAGAGGAAGAGGGGGAUGAAGAUCGCGGAGAUGUGGGGGGCGUUGGAUGGGUUGAAUGAGGAGUUUGCGGGUGACGGAGGGGUGGUUCUGGGACGGUAUUGA